AAACAACAUCCUCGGCCAAUGUCACCGUGAAUCUCCUCCAAGGCAGACCGUUGCCCUCGCUGUUGCUCCCCUUCACAAACCUCGUCGACGGUACCCUCGGAGACGGCUUCGUGCGAACACUGCUGGACAGUAUUCGCGACCAUUCCCUAGUAAAUAAUACCUACCUCAACAACAACAGCGCAGCAGUACACGGUUGUGUGUCCUCGUCGUCAUCAAUCAUCUCCCGCCGGCCGAGCGACAAUUGUACAGUCAGAACGACAGAAUCUCCCCUUGACUCUCUCUCACACACUCUCUAGAGACAACAAUGGCUCCCGCGAAGGAGAAAAGGGCUGCGCCCAUGGCCAAAGCCUCGCCGUCUGUGGAUACGAAGUCGUCGUCGUCAAGGAUGCACAGAAGGUCGAGGUCGGGUUGCUUUACGUGUCGACUAAGACGGAAGAAGUGUGACGAAGCAAAGCCCAAGUGCAAGGCAUGUCGAAACCUGGGCCUCGAUUGUGAGUAUAAACGGCCUCACUGGUGGAUUAACAACGAAAACCGGAGGCAACAGAAAGAGCACAUCAAGACCGUCAUCAAGACUACCAAGACGAACGAAAAGACCAUGGCUGCUGCUCAGAGCGCUUAUGGUACUCGAGGGUCUUCCGACACUUCACCAGAUGCAUCAUCAUAUGAUCCAAACUUUGAUCCUUCCUUCGCGACCACGCCUGGGAUAUUCACUCCGUUCGGACCGGACAUGUACAUGACCCACGACCCUUACAGCCAAGGUUUCCCAUGGGAGGUCGACGUCAAGACCGAGAUGCACACGUACGUCAACGAUGAACUCACACGUCGGGACUCUUCGAUAUCGACCUUUAGCACCUGGGUGCCUCCUCCACCUCAGGCCAUGUUGCCGUCGUCAUCUUACCCCAGUGAUGACUUUGCUGCUGCCCAGGCCACCGCCGACCUCUACGAGCAGCAGAGACAAGACUCAUGGACGGCCGAGGAUCCUGUCUCGUUCAACGUCUUCGACUUCCACCACCUGGGUCGUCAACCCGGGCCUCAAUGCUCCAUGAUCCAGCUCGACGACUGUGACCGUCCGCUCUUCAACCACCUACUCGACAACGUGCUCCCGCUGCUCUUCCCGGUCCUCGAGGCCAACCAGCCUGGGUCCGUCAGGGCGGACGCGGUCUUGCCCGCUCUCGAGAACAACAAGGCCUACCUCCACUCUUGCCUACUCGCCGCCGCCACUCACAUGAAGGACACCCGGACGGCGACGACGUACCUCGGCGGCUCGCUACUCGGCGUCGACGACGAGACCAUGCGGCACCGGCUCGCGUUCGUGACCAUCGUGGUCGACGCUCUCAACAGCGACACCCACCACAACGAGAUCCUCGACGCCCUCCUGGGCAUGAUCUCGCUGCAGGGGUGCGUCGGGUUGACCAGCAACCCGGAAAAGGAGCUGAUCCCUUGGCACCAACACUUCCAGACCGCGGCCGACAUUGUCCAAAAGCUCGAGCUCCCGACCGUGCUCGAAGGACUGCACGUCACGGGGGGCCACCCUUCCUUCAACAUGACCCUGACGGCUUGGAUCGACAUCCUCGGUGCCACGAUGCAGGGUAAAGCCCCCCGCUUCUCCAACACCUACCGCAACAUGUUCUUCGCCCAGGCCACUUCGGGGCUCGAGGACCUGAUGGGGUGCAACGACCUGGUCAUGUACCUGCUCUCCGAGGUGGCCUGCCUCGACUCGCUCAAGACCGACGGCCGACUGGACGACAUCUCCCUGUGCAGUCACAUCACCUCGCUCGCCCAGACCCUGGACCAGAUCGAGCCCGCCGAUCCCCCGGAGAUCCCUUACUCCAAGGCCGGGGUACUCCGGCCCAAACAACUCACCAAGAACGUCACCGCCGUCUUCCGCAAGGCCGCCCGGGUCUACCUCUGCUCCCUGGUCCCCGAGUACAACCGGCACCAGCCCGCGACCGUCAACCUGAUCGCCCAGGUGUCGGACCUGGUGACCCACUUCGUCCCCUCCGGCCCCAACGGCUUCGACCGCAGCCUCGUCUGGCCCUUGCUGAUCUGCGGCGUCAACUCGAUCCCCGCCUCCCCCUUCCGACGCAUGCUCGCCGAACGUUGCGAGAUGUUGGGCGAGGCCGCCGACCACGGGUCCUUCGGGAGGAUGGUCCACCUCCUUCACGAGGUCUGGCGCCGCAACGACGACAUGAUCUUGUCCGCUGGCGUCUGUGAAGCCACUCCAGUCACGGCGGGGAGUCCGGGAGGUUCGAUCUCGACACCAAUCACUGCUUCUGCUGCGACGGCAACAACCACCACCACAACCGGCGGCGUCAAUACCGGCCCUGCUCCGGCAUCAGGGGCGUCAACGUCGACCUCGACAUCGACAUCCACAAACUCAGUACCACUACCGCCACCAACAACAACACAACCCUCGUCUUCAACGACGACAACAACAACAACAACAAGCGCAACAAGCACAACAGUACCAAGGAACCAGAACGUCCACUGGAGGGACGUGAUGCAACAGAUCGGAUGGGAAUAUCUCCUGAUAUGAUGAUAAAGGGUAUUUUCUCACAAUUACAUUUCGUCUUGGGGGAAGAUACACGGACACAACCCUCCACAAUCCUCCUCCCUCACUUCGCGCCCAACGCCCAAGCCCCCCAAUGUCGGGUCAACAUAAGCUCGCCGGUGGGGAACCCCCGGUCUCUUGACGGAGUAUCAUCCGCCCCGAACAGAAAAGGUCUUGAUGGCCCUUCUUCUCUCUUCACCCGCACGUAGCGGUUCGGCGGAUGAUACCGAGACCCACUCCACCCCCUUGAGCGAUCGACAGAGGCGACGAAGAACGAAGUGAGAGGUGUCUUCCUCUCCCCUUUCCAGGCGAAGCCUAUCAUCACAGGAUGACGACAUUCAUUUUCUUCUUCUGUUUCUUAUCAUUAAUUCAAUCGUUCGUCAUCACCACUCAUCUGGUCCGACUACUCUCAAGACGACGAUGACGAUGCUCGGUCGCCCCCGGGGCAUUAUGCGCCCAUUUAGUAUGGUAUUGUUUAAUCUUUUCUGGAAAAGGGUUAAUAUAAUACUACGACGACAACAACAGCAGCAGCAGCUACCACGCAGCUAGCUACCUAUCAUUACCCAUCCAUCAAUCUCAAUCUUGCAUCCUGGUCUGGUAACACAAAAGUUUUGUUCGAAACAAAACAAACACCACACUAUAGGUACCUAGGUAUAUAUGUACUCCGGGAGUACAGUGCCUUAGGGCAGUGGUUCUUUUUCCUUGGGUACCUGUGGCGCUUGAAAGAAAAAGGCGAGGCCUCUUCCCUUGUUUUUCCCUUUUUUCUUGAAAUCUAUCGGGGGAUCUCGAGAACCCCAGUGUCGUGGGAGGACUUGGUGUUGUCAUGUCCCAAUUUCCUCGUGACGGCAACGGUGGUGAUGGUAACGACGUACGUAUGUAGUCUGUCUUCAUGUUCGAAAUCCCUAAUCGACAGGUUCGGACCAGACAAGAGAGAAAGAGAUGCGAAUAUUUUCCUUACACCAACAACUCCCUCCUUAUUGAGAAUCUUGAUACCUAGGAUAAUGGAGGCUGAAAUCUCCAAGGUUUUGCACGAAUCUCCUUUCUUUUCCAAUGUGGAUUGCGUGGAUUCUAGCAUAUGAGAGGGUGGAAGAGUUGUUACUGCGUGAGUAGUGAUGAUGAGAGAAGGAAUGAGACAAGAGAAAGAAGGUCCGAUGACUUGAUCCAGAGCUCGUUUAGGAGGAGGCUAUUCGUUGAGAGUUGAUGAGAGAUGUGUUUGAAAUGAAGCCGGUCAAACAUUUACACGACCAUCGUAACGGUCCAGAGUGUGCCAGAUGAGAUAUGUGAAACAGUGAGAGCUGUUCGUACUGAGCGAGAGGGCAAGACGAGGCAGAGCAAGGCGGGCCCUGACCGGCCAAACUUUGAAGUGGAUGUUAAUGUCAUGCAUGAACCUGGGGAAACGAUGUAAGAGUGUUUUGGAGCUGAAAUUACGUUACAAGUCCUAAUUUAAGGACAGAGCGGAGAAAACCAUAGCAUAGAACCAUCAGAACAAUGGUUUCCGAAGCCGGGAUGUUCCAGG